AUGAAGCCUGGCUCACCGACAGCACCCCCUAAGACCUUCGAGCGUGUUGGUUUGUUGACCGGACUCAAUCAAGCCUUCCAGUGUGUUGGUUCCAUCCUGAUUGCCCCUCUCAUCAAGCGUUGGCCUACCAAGCUCGUCCUAUCUUGCGCUAUAUUGGUGUUCAGCGUCAUGACUGCCAUUCUUCUCAUCGUGGAUGCUGGGACCGGUGGGUGCUUCAGGCCUGAUAAUUGGGCGGAUAACCACGACGAUGACGACUUUGGGUACUACGGCAGCUACAAUGCCAACGGUAUCAUCCCCAUCUACUGCGUCAGUGGCAUCGCCUAUGGAAUGGUUGAGUUGAUCCGUCGUGUCGUCCCCCGAGACAUUGUUGGAAGCAAUGUCCAGAAGCUUCGACGGAUGGACGCGCUCGUUCACAUCUUCUACGAAAUCUCCGGGACCGCCGGCGCCUUCUUUACAGCCUUGGUUUUGAUCCCUUCCUUUGGCAACAACUACUCUUUCCUCAUCACGCCUAUCUUCUUCGCUGUCGCUUCCAUUUAUCUCCCUUAUUGGUAUCCCAAGAGGGGUGAUGUGAACGAAGCCUGGCGUGUUGCUGGUACCUUCGUUCCCAUCUCUUUCGGUUGGGCUGCCGGUGAUGUUUCUCUUGCUGCUUACAUCCAGGCCUCGCUUGCCCGCUUGGAGGCCGAAAACAAGGAAGUUUCAGCGUUGGGCGCUGUCAUGGCCUUUCUUUAUUCCACCUACAUCGUCAUUUACGCCAUCUGCUCUCCUCUUCUAGGUCGCUACAUCGACCGUGUCUACGCGGAGACAGGUGGUUCCGAUGGCGGGAACAUCCACCGAGCUAUCAGGAAUGUGGGCGGCGUGCAAUUCACCGUGCUCAUGGCCGUUGUGCUCGCCUCGACAUUCAUACCCAAGGGAGCCUUGUCUUUCAAUCCCAAGAUACUCAAUGAUGAGGUUCUCGAUCAUGACAUUGAUUGUGAUGCUGACGAUGGAUUUGUGGACGGGAAGGAGCGCAGGGCCAGCAUUGUGGACAAAAAGAUGAAGGAGCAGGUAGAGGAAAGACGUCAGAGUGUCACAAGAGUGUCUGCUGAUAUCAAUAACACCUUCUCGCCGAAUAUGAAGAACAUGAGGGAGGAAGAUGGAGGAUUGAUGAAGUCCUAG